UAUGGUUAAUUUUGGAUCUGAUCAGUAACCUCAACAGACCAUAUUAAAGGGUCUUUAUAAAAAGUUCAGAAAAUUGAACUCCUCCAAAGUACUCCUCUCUGUCAAAGAUCUCUCGGCAAGUGUACCAGAAAACACAGAGAGACAAGGCAACGGAAAGAGGAAAAGGAAUCAAGACGGAAAUAGAUUUCCUUGUUGUAUCGUUUUCACUGCUGGAUAUUCUCUUGAGUGUUUCCUUCAGGACUAGAGAGAGAAAGUGUGUGCUCUUUUCAAUUCCCUCUGCAAAACCACCUCCCAAUACUUUUCUCUCUCCUCUUUGUUUACACUACUGAUCAGUAGGUGCUUCUUUUUCCUUUCCUCAGUUUUCUCGAUCCUUGAACACAGACAAUUUUUAGAGAGAGAAAGUUUUAGAGAGAGAGAGGGAGGCUUUUUGGCAUGCAAGAGAAGCAAGCUUCUCGUUGGGUAGUUUUAUUGGCAAAAUCUCUGUAACGCCUCUGUUUCCUAAAAGGUCUCUUGGUCUUGGUUUUGUCAAAACACCCAUUUUUUUCCUGAGGAUAAAGCCGCAUUUGUUGAGGAACUUUGAGCGUGUUUUAGAGAGAGAAAAAAACAUAGUACAGAGAUUAUUUUUAAAUCCAUAGUUAAUUUAGAUUAUGCAAAUUUUGGAAAACAGCUCUGCAAAAUUUGUCACUCCACACUGGAAGGUGUGACCAGUGACACUUUCUUAAUAAGGGGUGCAUAUCAUAAAUUGUUUCUCUCUAUAACAGUGGUGGAAAAGCAAGUGAUUGCGGACUGACACACAUUUGUCAAUCGGUACAGUUUCAGUUUCUGCAUUACAAUAAGCCGACCCCAAGACAAAGACCCUCUUAAAACCAGAUCUCUAGAGAAGUGAAAGAAGAUAGAAAUGGUUCCUCAGAAACAAACUGAUGAGGCCAUAGUUGCAAUGGGCUUAAACGAGACUGAACAAAUUGAAAGAGAUGAAGAGAUUGUAGAUCAGUCCAUGUUUAGCUUCAAAAAUGCUCUUUGGCAUGGUGGGUCUGUUUAUGAUGCUUGGUUCAGCUGUGCAUCAAAUCAGGUUGCACAGGUUCUGUUAACAUUACCAUACUCUUUCUCUCAACUGGGUAUGCUUUCAGGCAUCUUGCUACAGGUGUUUUAUGGUCUACUUGGAAGCUGGACUGCUUAUCUCAUCAGUGUUCUCUAUGUUGAGUACCGAACCAGAAAGGAGAAAGAGAAUGUCAGCUUCAAGAACCAUGUCAUACAGUGGUUUGAAGUACUGGAUGGCUUGCUUGGUCCUUCAUGGAAGGCUUUGGGAUUGGCCUUCAACUGCACUUUCCUCCUCUUUGGGUCUGUUAUACAGCUCAUAGCUUGUGCAAGUAACAUAUACUACAUAAAUGAUAACUUAGACAAGAGGACAUGGACCUACAUAUUUGGGGCUUGUUGUGCUACAACUGUGUUCAUACCAUCAUUUCACAACUACAGGAUUUGGUCAUUCCUUGGGCUCGGAAUGACCACCUAUACUGCUUGGUAUUUGACCAUUGCUGCCUUUGUUCACGGACAGGCUGAUGGAGUGACCCAUUCUGGGCCCAAAAAGCUGGUGCUGUAUUUCACUGGGGCCACUAACAUACUCUAUACUUUCGGCGGACACGCCGUCACUGUGGAAAUUAUGCAUGCAAUGUGGAAGCCUCAAAAGUUCAAGUACAUAUAUUUGUUUGCAACAUUCUAUGUGUUCACCCUCACACUUCCAUCAGCUUCAGCAAUGUAUUGGGCCUUCGGGGACCAACUCCUCAACCACGCCAACGCCUUCUCCCUCCUUCCCCGUAAUGGCUUCCGUGAUGCAGCCGUUGUCCUAAUGCUCAUCCACCAGUUCAUAACAUUUGGAUUUGCAUGUACACCUCUGUACUUUGUGUGGGAAAAAGUGAUAGGGAUGCAUGACACAAAGAGCAUAUGUUUAAGGGCACUAGCCAGGCUGCCAGUGGUGGUACCUAUAUGGUUCUUGGCCAUUAUAUUUCCCUUCUUCGGGCCUAUCAAUUCAGCUGUGGGGGCACUCUUGGUCAGCUUCACAGUCUAUAUCAUCCCUUCUCUUGCCCAUAUGCUCACUUACAGGAAGGCCUCGGCCCGUCAGAAUGCAGCAGAAAAACCUCCAUUCUUCCUUCCGAGCUGGACGGCCAUGUACGCGUUGAACACGUUUGUGGUCCUGUGGGUGUUCGUCGUCGGCUUUGGAUUCGGAGGGUGGGCUAGCAUGACCAAUUUCAUUAAGCAAGUUGACACUUUUGGGCUCUUUGCGAAGUGUUACCAGUGCAAGCCACCAGCAGCAGCAGGACAUCACUGAGUUUGGAACUCAUUGAAUCACACCAUUCUAACAUUCUCAUAUGUUGUGUGCCUUAGUGUUCCCCCUUUUGUUCAGGCUAUAUAUAUCAAUAUAUCUAUAGAUGAUGGAUGAAUGGUGAUGAUUCCUUUAGUAUCAUAGCAUAAUAGUUAAUUUGGUUUGACUCUAGUACUAUAUGUAAUUAAUGUGGAAUGUUUUAUAUAUUCAAAUCUAGCAUAGUCAUUAUUAUUAGAA